UAGAUCACUCUCUUUAUCCAUUACUCACAAAACAGAACAGCUAGCACUUGCAAUGGCUCUUCUCAACGUCUCUUUCUGCACUGAAAUUCCACAGAAAACCCCUCUUUGCUUUUCUCCUAUCAAAUCCCACUUCCCAAUUCCUCAUUUCCUUCCUCUCCCUCGCUCUUCUCUCAAAUCCCAAGUGGUUAUAAGCAAGCAAUUAGUUGAAGGUUUGGCUAAAACAAGCUUGCUUGCUGCUCUCUCUGCUUCUCUUUUCUUAGUUGAUCCCGCUCUUGCAUUUAAGGGAGGAGGGCCGUAUGGCUCUGAAGUGACGAGGGGCCAAGAUCUCACUGGCAAGGAUUUUAGUGGCAAGACUUUAAUUAAACAGGAUUUUAAGACGUCUAUACUAAGACAAGCCAAUUUCAAAGGGGCAAAGUUGUUGGGAGCUAGUUUCUUUGAUGCUGAUUUAACAGGGGCUGAUCUUUCAGAUGCUGACCUUAGAGGUGCAGAUUUUUCAUUGGCAAAUUUGACAAAGGCAAAUUUGAGUAAUGCUAAUAUGGAAGGUGCACUUGCUACUGGAAACACAUCUUUUAAGGGUUCAAAGAUAACUGGAGCAGAUUUCACAGAUGUGCCGUUGCGAGACGAUCAAAGAGACUACCUUUGCAAAGUUGCAGAUGGGGUGAAUACAACAACUGGAAAUGCUACACGUGAUACAUUGCUUUGCAGCUAAUUUUAUGUUUUUAGCAUUCUUUGUAUUGAACCAUAAAGAAAAUACAUCUGCUUUACUACAUCUGUAGCAGAUGCAAUUUUCAUCAUGUGAGCUGAGGUUUUUAAAUUACUAUAUCUUGUAAGAAAGAAAUAUAUAAUCAAUACAUAGGUUCCAUUUCCACCUUUCGAUAAA